GGGGUGACAUGUUACAUCUCAUUUCACGUAGAAAGACUGAGGCCCUUGCUCCAGAAAAUUUUGAGAACAUGUGGACAAAGGGGAGAAACUACAAAAAAGACGGAGAAAAACGAUUAAUCGAGCAAUUUCCACAUCAUUACUCUGCUGGGAACCCUGCUGCUGUGGAUCAUGCUAAAGCAAUAUCUAAGACCAGAGAGAAGUAUCCAGCCAAGCUUAACUCAUCUGAGAGUCAUGUUGCUCAACCUUCAUUAAUUGAUCAAAGCAAAAUAGAAAAAUCAUUCCCACAUGAAGUUCGGAAUGUAUCAUACUGCUCUUCAGUUGUAUCUUCUCAGGAGGAUGAUCACGAUCUUGUUGAUUUGGAGGAGGUUGAAUCAGAAAGCAGUGAUUCAUUUACUUCUGGAGAGGAAGAAACAGGAAAUGUAAUGGGUCUCGAUUCUACUGGAACUAAAGUUUGGGAUGCUAAGAGUAACAGAAACCUGACUGUUUCUCAUAUUCAUCGUCCACUUGAAAAUCCCGAGGGCCAUAUUGUAAAGAAGGCUGGUGGAAGGCAUGUCCAAUAUCGAAUAUUAACUAAAACUCCAUCCAGCAGGAAAAGAUCUAGAUCGACCCGUCAGAAGUUGCCUGACUGGCAAGAGGUUGAGAGGAUAAGCUUCUUAUCAGGGGAUGGACAAGACAUACUAAAUUCACUGAAUGGACAUGGAAAAGCUGAAUAUUCCAGUGAUGAUUCUGAGACUGAAUCCUUUGGUAGACUUCACAGUGGAGUAACUGCUUCUUCAUCUGCUGCUUCUCUCUCUAUUGCUGAAAGUCGUAGUUUGGAAGCUAAUUCCUUGCAAAAUUCAUUGGUUGGAGGUUCUUUUUUUAAAUUGAGAUGUGAGGUUUUAGGUGCAGAUAUUGUGAAGAGUGGUUCUAGAACAUUUGCUGUUUACUCCAUAUCUGUAACAGAUGUAAUAAAUAACAAUAGCAGUUGGUCUAUCAAGAGAAUGUGUGUACAGUGUGCUAUAUACUUUCUGGUCUUCGUCCCUUUUUGCAUCCUAUAG